AUGUCAAAACCAUCUCUGACCCUAAAACGGCACCCUCACCUGCGAGCCCAGGUUAAUCUUCGGUACAUUAAACGUAAUCUUGGCUCUCGAUCUGUUUGGCGGCACAUGCGCAUGCAAAUCACCGCCGCAUGCGGGCGCGCGUCAUCGCUACCGCAACCACACCGCUCUCCUUCACCGCCCUCGCACUCGCGAUGGGUGAACGUUAACCGAAAGGAUAAAGAAAGACUGAAUUCAGGUGCAGAAGGACGAGUUCCAACCAUCGUUGGAUUCGAUUUAACGCGCUUGCCCUGCGAAAGUUUUAUUUAUAGCCGCACGCCGCGCCGGGUACGCAUACGCAGUGCAGCGAUUACGAUUAUACCGCACACGCAU